CAACAAAUACAAAAAUUAGGAAAAAUGUGCUUCAUUUAUUCCCAAAAAGAAAUCACACUAUUUUUGCUCCAAUUUAUGCAAGUGAUGCAACCCCCUCUCUCUCAAGACAAUCUUCAAGUUUCAUUCGUUCAAUGAUCUAAAAACACUCCAUUUCACACAGCUCAAUUCGCAAAACAUAACUGUGUCAGUCGGCAAUCAUGACUCUUGUGUCGAACAACAACAAUCGGGUCGAAUCAGAGGAUCUUGAUCAGUCAAAAUCAUUAAUUUCUAGGGCGAAUGAAUACGAACCCCAAAAGGGUUUUCAUCAGAGUAGUAAGAUGAUGAUGGGUUCUAAUGGAAAUGGUGGUAUGAAUGAUCGUGAUCGUGAUCAGGGUUUUGAUAAAGAAAUGAGGGAUUUGGCUGAAAUGUUGUCGAAAUUGAACCCUUUGGCUGAAGAAUUUGUGCCUCCGUCACUUGCUGCUGUUAAUAAGUUCACGGCGCCGUUAGUUGUGCAGCCUCCGUUCGGGUACUCUGUGGUUAAUGAGUUUGGGCUGCAGAGUAAUCAGAAUCAAAGCCCUUUUGGGAAUGUUAAUGGGGGUUCUGUUAGAAGGAAGAAGGGUGAGUUUGCUCAUCGGAAACGGAGGAUGAAUAAUCGAACUAACAUGGCACAGAGGGAGGAUGUGAUCAGGAGAACUGUUCAUGUGUCCGAUAUCGAUCAGCAGGUAACCGAAGAACAACUUGCUGGCCUCUUCAUCAAUUGUGGACAGGUUGUGGAUUGUCGUAUAUGUGGUGACCCGAAUUCCGUUCUUCGUUUUGCAUUCAUUGAGUUUACUGACGAGGAGGGUGCAAGGAAUGCGUUAAGUCUUGCUGGAACGAUGCUUGGGUACUAUCCAGUUAGGGUUCUUCCUUCAAAAACCGCAAUUGCGCCCGUAAAUCCGACUUUUUUGCCCCGAUCGGAAGAUGAAAGAGAAAUGUGUGCAAGAACUAUCUAUUGUACCAACAUUGACAAGAAGCAGGUUACGCAGGCAGAUGUGAAACUGUUUUUUGAAUCAUUUUGUGGAGAGGUUUACCGUUUGAGGUUGCUAGGAGACUAUAAUCAUUUAACUCGUAUCGCCUUUGUGGAGUUCGUGAUGGCUGAGAGUGCCAUUGCAGCACUAAACUGUAGUGGUGCGGUAUUGGGAUCAUUGCCCAUAAGGGUUAGCCCUUCUAAAACUCCGGUUCGACCACGUGCACCUCGCCCGAGCAUGCACUGAAUACACUUAUCCCAUCAAUCGCACCAUAUCUAUAACACGAGUACUGUUAUGUUUCUGGUGUUUGUCGGGUUCAGUACCUGUUUCAAAUGUAGAUUUAGGAUGCGAGUUUGAGGCUCGACUCUAGGUCUUCUCAGGUAUUGUUUUGUCACAAAGAAUCGAGACGGUUUCGAUGAUGUUUUUGUUAUGGAAAUUGUUGUUUUAUGUGUUUGUUGAUCAUGUUGAUCUUUGAAAGGGAGCAUAGUCAGCAUACGUUA